AUGGCAAAAACAUAUGCACUAUCUCAGUUAACGUUCCACACUUACAUCAACACCACAUCACAACACAAUAGUAUUGAAAAUAACAUCGUAAAAUUCGUUUUCAACACAAAAUCUAAAAACUCUCUUUCACUACAAAGAAGACAAAACAACUAUAUCAAUGGUGGCCUAAACUUAUGGAACCUGAAGACAAGAGAACUAGCACAGAAAGCAUGGUUAUUCGAAAGAUACCUCCACCAAAGAGUAAGUAACACUCCUAGUUCAUAUAUAAAACUGUGGGAAGAGGAACUCAGAAACAACAACAACAACAAAACAACAACAAAACAAAAUCAACUACAACUACAACUACACUGGCAAUGCAAGCAAGCAUGGACCCAAUUAAAAACUCCACAAAAUAAACAAACACACUACGAACACCUCCCAAAAUUAAAAAAAAUAUACGAGGAUAUGAUGACAACUCAAUCUCCAGAACACAACAAAUUCAUACCAACUCCUGGCCAAAAAGAAAUAAUGACCAAAAUUAAUAGCAAACACCUUCCAUUUAAAGAAAUCAAAAAAAUAAUAAACAUGAAAGGUAGAGAUCUAUUAUGGAGAUACACACUGAAAGCAUUACCAAAAAUAUACAACAUGCCAUGCCAACAGUGUGGGGAAGAUGAGACUUCAGAACAUAUAUUCUUCAACUGCAAAGCCCACAUCAAAAACACACAAGAAAUAUUCAACUACACCCUAACUAAGUGUGGACACACCACUCACACCUGGAAUGUGAAGAUUUUAAACCAUCUACAAAUCGCACUAGUAGCCAAUUUAAUAGCUAUUAUAUUCGAAAGAAUCUGGCACAAAAGAAAUAAACUCAUUCACGAUGAAAAAGAAAUAAUAAUUCACAGACAACAAGUCAUACGUGAACUGAUUAAAACACAAAGAGCUGCAUGGGACAGGACACAAGCGGUUAUAAACAAAACAUUAAGAAUCAAAUCAAAGCAACGGCCAGAAGAACAAAAUAAAUUAGACUCACUAAUCUCGCUAAAGCUAUUACAAUUUAGCAGACAAUGGAACUCACCUCUUCACGCAAUAGAACUUCCGAAACAUCUCAAAAAAUACAAUAAUUCACUCAGUACUUUCUAUAAAUAA